AUUAACGUAGAGUCCAUCAAGAUUCAAGACUAUUUUACCACCAGAACCCCAUAGAACCUAGUGCUUGUUAGUCUUUACUAGAGAGAAUCCCCGUGCGACGCCGUACUUAGUUUCGGCGGGAUCGAGUCCUCUCCAACCUUCGCUAUUCUUCGAGAUCAGAUAAAUUACUUGAGCAUUUCGGUUCCAGCUAACAUCAUUUACAGCCCUUUCCAUGGCGCUCGACAGAAUUUUUAAAGAUGAAGCUAGUGAAGAAAAGGGGGAGCGUGCCAGAAUGGCAUCAUUUAUUGGUGCAAUGGCGGUUGCCGACUUGGUCAAGACAACCUUGGGGCCAAAGGGCAUGGAUAAAAUUUUGCAAUCAACUGGUAGGGGACGUGAAGUCACCGUUACAAAUGAUGGUGCCACGAUUUUGAAGUCCCUUCAUAUUGACAACCCAGCUGCUAAAGUUCUUGUUGACAUUUCAAAAGUUCAAGAUGAUGAAGUUGGUGAUGGGACAACUUCUGUUGUUGUUUUGGCUGGGGAACUCUUAAGGGAGGCGGAAAAGCUUGUUGCAGCAAAGAUACACCCAAUGACAAUCAUAUCAGGUUACCGAAUGGCAGCAGAAUGUGCACGCAAUGCUUUGUUGCUGAAAGUCAUGGAUAAUAAAGAGGAUGCAGAGAAAUUCAAGUCAGACUUGAUGAAGAUAGCAAUGACUACUUUGAGUUCCAAGAUUCUCUCUCAGGAUAAGGAACAUUUUGCGAAACUUGCUGUAGAUGCUGUUAUGAGGCUAAAGGGUAGCACAAACUUAGAGUCCAUCCAAAUUAUUAAGAAGCCUGGAGGAUCACUAAAGGAUUCCUUUUUAGAUGAAGGGUUUAUUCUUGACAAGAAAAUUGGUAUUGGACAACCGAAACGCAUAGAAAAUGCAAAGAUUUUGGUGGCAAACACUGCGAUGGACACAGAUAAAGUGAAGAUCUAUGGGGCUCGUGUCCGUGUUGAUUCAAUGGCCAAGGUUGCCGAGAUUGAAGUGGCUGAGAAGGAAAAGAUGAGAGAAAAAGUGCAAAAGAUUAUAGCUCAUGGCAUAAACUGCUUUGUCAACAGACAGUUAAUUUACAAUUUUCCUGAAGAACUCUUUGCAGAUGCGGGUAUACUCGCGAUUGAGCAUGCAGAUUUUGAUGGCAUUGAGCGCCUUGCUUUAGUUACUGGUGGUGAAAUUGCAUCAACUUUCGACAAUCCAGAAUCAGUCAAGCUUGGGCAUUGCAAGCUCAUUGAGGAAAUCAUGAUUGGCGAGGACAAGUUGAUCCACUUUUCUGGUGUUGAAUUGGGUCAGGCGUGCACAAUAGUACUUAGAGGUGCAAGCCACCAUGUGCUUGACGAGGCUGAAAGGUCACUGCAUGAUGCCUUGUGUGUGCUGUCUCAGACUGUCAAUGACAGUAGGGUUUUGCUUGGAGGUGGGUGGCCUGAGAUGGUGAUGGCAAAGGAUGUGGAUGAGCUGGCACGGAAGACUCCUGGGAAGAGGUCUCAUGCUAUUGAAGCUUUUUCACGGGCACUUGUGGCCAUUCCAACAACCAUCGCUGACAAUGCUGGUUUGGACAGUGCUGAGUUGGUUGCUCAGCUCCGUGCAGAGCACCAGAAGGAGGGAUGCACUGCUGGGAUUGAUGUCAUCUCUGGAUCUGUCGGAGAUAUGGUACAACUAGGAAUCUCUGAAGCAUUCAAAGUCAAGCAGGCCGUAUUGCUCUCUGCCACCGAAGCUGCUGAGAUGAUUCUCAGAGUUGAUGAAAUCAUCACUUGUGCUCCUCGGAAGAGAGAAGACAGAAUGUGAAGAUCCAGUGGAUCAUUUGGCUAAUUAAGGACAUCUGUGAUUUGAAUACUGUAUUGCUUUGGUGGAUGGGACGGUUGUGGAAAAACUGGUUUGCAAUACGGCCUGGUUUUUUUUUUGGUCUUUUUCGUUUGCAGGGUUUGAGGGAAUUGUUGGAAAGGCUAUAAUCAUCUGGGAUGUUUUCGUUUUGUCGGUGAAUUUCUCCUUUCUGUUGCUUUGUUAAGCUAAUGGCAGUUAUAUGUGCAAUUUUGAUGCAA